AUGCGCUGUCACUACGAAGUACUGGGCACCACGCGCGACGCGUCGGCAGUCGAAAUUAAGCGGGCUUUCCGCCAACAGGCACUCCGGUGGCAUCCGGAUAAGCACCACCAAAGCGGUGUAUCAAGCGAAGAGUCGACCGAGAAAUUCCAGAGUAUUCAGAGCGCCUACGAAGUGCUUAGUGACCCGCACGAGAAGAAAUGGUACGACGACCAUCGAGAGCAGAUUUUGCGUGGAGGCGACGAAAGUGAGGACGAAAUCGAUCUCUUCCAUUACUUCAGUGCCUCGGUCUAUUCUGGUUUUGGCACGGAUGAUAAGAGCUUCUAUUCGGUGUAUGGGGAUCUCUUUACAAAGAUUGACGCAUUGGAUACGGAAAGUGGUGGAGACACAAGGUCUGAAGCUGCACCGGGUAUUGGUGACGCGGACACUUUGAUGGACGACGUCAAUGCUUUUUAUCAGCAUUGGAAGGGAUACACGACGCAGCGCAGUUUUGCAUGGGUAGACGAGUACAAAUCAAGUGAUGCGCCGACAAGAGUGGUGCGAAGAGCAAUGGAAAAGGAGAAUAAGAAACUACGGGAUGCAGCUAAGAGAGCGUAUACGACUGAAGUACGCGAGUUGGUGGAUUUCGUGUGUCGUCGGGACCCCCGCGUGCAGUUCUUCCAAAAACAAAAGGAUCUCGAGAAGGAACAGCUGCGGAUUGAGGAAGAGACGAAGAAACGAGAGAAGCAGAAGGCUUAUGAUGUUGAACGACGGGUGUUCCAGGAGCAACAGGAGAAGUUUUGGACUGACGGCAGCAUGGAGACGAGCCGUGUGAAUGAUCGAGACAUCGAGCUGGAACUGCAAAGGUGUCGGGAGAAAUUGGAUGCCGACGUGCUCGUGUGUGACUUAUGUAGCAAGACCUUCAAGUCCACGAAACAGUUGCAGAACCAUUUGAUGUCGAAGAAGCACCGCGAGAGGGAGGUGGAGCUUGGCGUUUUCAUUGACCCUAGUAUCUUGGACGAUGAGAUGGACAGAGAUCUUCGAGAGGAGCUUAUUGCUCUUGGUAAAGUCAAGCUUGAGCCGCAGGAUGAUGAUUCUGUGUCUGCUAAGUCGUCGACAAAAGUCGAGCAAACCAGCGAUGAUGCCGAGCAGGAGAGAGAAGAUGAGGAAGCUGCACGUAAGAAAGCAGAGGCUGAUAGUGCUCGAAUCGAAAAGGAGCAGAAGGCAGCCGAAAAGCGUCGAGAACGCAAAGAGCUGCGCAAGAACAAGAAGAAGGAGAAUGUAGAGGAGAUUGUCAGUGGUGCGCGCUCAAAACAGGAGAAGAAGGAAGAGGACGACGAAAACCAGCGCGGUCGCGGGAAGAAGGGUGGCAAGAAGCGUCGAUAG